AUGCCUUGGAUGUGUGUAGAAGAUGGAGGCUGUGUUGGCACUGAAGCCCAAGGUCUAAACAAGCUAUCUGUGAUUCCAGGGUCUGCGACUGCAUGGAAAGGGCUUCUGACCGAGGGGGGCCGCAAGGAGGCCGACAUGCGGGAAGCAGCUUCUCUGCGGCAGCAGCGCCGGGUGAAGCAGGCUGUGCAGUUCAUCCACAAGGACUCGGCUGACCUGCUGCCCCUCGAUGGCCUCAAGAAGUUGGGCUCCUCCAAGGACACGCAACCUCACAACAUCCUACAAAGGCGCCUCAUGGAGACCAACCUUUCCAAGCUCCGCAAUAGCCGGGUCCCGUGGGCCCCCAAGGCCAACAGAUUCAAUCAGGCCAAGUCUGAGGGGCUGAAGAAGACUGAGGAGGGGGACAUGAUCCUGGUUUCCUGCCAGUGCGCUGGAAAGGACUUGAAAGCCUUGGUUGACACUGGCUGUCAACAUAAUCUCAUCUCCUCUGCCUGUGUGGACAGACUAGGGCUAAAGGAUCAUGUUAAAUCCCACAAACAUGAUGGGGAAAAGCUCUCCCUGCCCCGGCAUCUCAAAGUGGUGGGACAGAUUGAACACCUUGCACUUACCUUGGGAUCCCUACGCCUGGACUGCUCAGCAGCUGUGGUUGAGGACAAUGAGAAAAACCUCACUCUUGGACUCCAGACUCUGCGGUCCUUAAAGUGCAUCAUAAACCUGGACAAGCAGCGUCUCAUCAUGGGGAAGGUAGAGAAGGAAGAGAUCCCCUUUGUGGAGACUGUGUCUGGGAGUGAAGAUAAGUAA